UAGUUUGAGGAAGUGGUAGGGGUUCGGACGGGUUGGGACGAGGUGAGCUGUGUUGUUCCUGGACGAGCUGGUGGUAGUCAAUCACAUAUGUUUCUUAUGUGUUUUUCAGGCCCAGCUCCUUAUAAUGUCAGGCGAAAAUUCGUCAGAGCCAAAGCUUUUGCACUUCUUCAUUUUUAACACCAGCUACGGCCAGAAGGAAGAUCAGGAACACGAGAAGAUACUGUUUUAUCAUCCAAGUGCAACUGACAUAGACACGCAAGUACGGCAUGUGGGACUGGCUGAGGCUAUUACCAGAUUUUCAAGAACAUUUAAAAAAGAUGGAGACUGUGAAGCAGUACAUACGCAAAAAACAAGACAAGUGUUCUACCAGCCUGAGCCAGACAUAUGGAUGGUUAUGACAGUUGGCAUUGGAUGGAUCUCUAAAAUGCGUGAUUCAGGGCCAGUAAGGGAAUAUCAGAGUGAGGGCGUGCAGGAUGUGGUAUUGCGGGCAAGACUAAUUGGCCUGUACCAGUCCUUCACUCUGCAACAUGCCUCCUUUGCCCAUGUUCACACGUCAUCAGGGCUUCAGGGUCUCAAAUCGACGCUCAACUCUUUUGUAAAUUCAUACCUGUCAUCGGUGGAUAUGAGCAAUGGAGACAUAAUGGCCGUGUGGUCAGGCGUUUCUUUCCUGCCACUCGACAGACAAACAUUCCUGAGGAUUCAUUGCUGCCUCUCUCUGCUUCAGGCAACCUUUUCAAAUAUCUGCCACACAGCUUUCUUCUACAAUCAUCAUGUUGUCUGGUGUGUAUAUUGACAAAAUUGCAGGUGUGGCUUAGGCAUGGAGGAUCUUCGAUCUCUUUCUCGGUACCUGAAUAAUCGGCUGCUUGCAGGCUGCUUGGAUACCAGCUUUCAAAGCCCUUCAUCCACUCCCACCAGUUAUCUUUCCAGG